CAGGCAGCCAAUCAGCUUCCAGCUCUCACGCCUCCUGUUUUCCUCUCACCUCGUCUCAGCGCCAAUCAGACGGCUCACACGGCGCGCUCGGCACGCCGCCACGGGCGACGCCACCGCCAGCAGGAGACACGGCGGAGGGCACGAGCCCCCACACACACACAAACUCACACACACACACACACACAGUCUCACACACACACACACACACACACAGUCACACACACACACACAGUCUCACACACACACACACACAGUCUCUCACACACACAGUCUCACACACACACAGUGUCACACACACACACACACACACAGUCUCACACACACACACACACCCUCCUGUCUCCGUUACCAAACAUCGACGCCUCGUGUAGCCCGCCGCCACCCUCCUCCCCUCUCCCUUCACUCGUCGCGAGAACGACGCACGCAUCCGUUCAUAACCUCCGCCAUUAUUCAUCACUCCCCCUCCUCCUCCCCCUCCUCUUCCUCCUUUCUUCCCAUGGUGCUGUUUUUUUUCCUUCUCCUUCCUCGAGCUCGUCUCUUUUCCCGCCCCUGCAGGGUCUCCUCACAGCAGCUUUACUCCUCGCCUCCACCGGGCUAAUUUAACGCCUCCCCCCUCCCCCUCUCUCCCCCCGCCUCUUGCUCGCUCGUGCCAAACCCAGGUGAUUAUCCAUCCGCCCCCCGUUAUCCGUCACCCCCUCCCCCCCCCCCUCCUCCUCGGUACCGACAGACCGACAAAUCCCUCCCGGUGCUCCUGUCUCCCCCCCCACCCCUCCUCUCUCCCUCUCUCUCUCUCUCUCUCUGUCUCCUUCCCCGCCAGCCAUGAUCCGUGGCGGGCUAAUUCCCAGACGGUCUUCUUCUUCUCUUCCUUCCUCUACUCCUCCUUCCUCCUCUUCUCCUCAUCACCCUCUUCCUCUACCUCCUCCUCCUCCUCCUCCUCCUCGUCCUCCUCCUCCUCCUCCUCCUUGCGGGCCCGAACGAAACGUGUCGACCACACGGGAAUAACCGCUCGCCGACUUCCUGUGUGAGCGAGCGAGCGUUCGUGCGUGUGUGUGUGGUCAUGUCAGGCAUGACGAGCGGUGUGUGUGUGGAGAGCGACCUCUCCUCGAUGCUCCAGAGAAGCUCCGCCUCCUCACACCAUCACCCGAAUCACCAUGGUUAUGGUGGGCAGGGACAGGUGUCAAGCCUCACUCCGAUGUUGGACUACACCACCGAGAUGGACCGGUAUCGAUCCUCCAUCGCCAGCUUCUAUAAGACCAACGUCAACAUGAACAUGAACGUUACGAACUUCCCACAGUCCGCCAAAUUGGCGGCCCGUUUGGCGGCCGCCGCCCCCAUCUUCCCGCCGGCUGCUGCGAGGCUGGGUGCAAUGGCGACGGCGCCCUGGGGUUGCCACGACAACAUGAACAUGAACAUGAACCACCCGGCAGCCAUGUUCUGGGGCCGGCCCAAACACGUGGCGACUGCGCCGAGCCAUCACCACCACCAUCACCAUCACCACCCCUCGGCAACAGCAGGACACAUGACCUCCUCGCACGGUACCAGCAUGCACCAGGGCGGCGGGGGGUCGGGAGGGGGAGGAGGAGGAAGUGGAGGGAGCGGUGAGGCGGGAGGAGCUGACAAACACACUGCCUCCUCACUUCCUGUCACACAGGGAGCAGCACAUCAUCAUCCAAUGGCGCCAAGCAAUGGAAACUUCCUCCACGGUUAUGGCGGCGGGGCGGACUGCGGCAGCAUGAACAAACAGGGUCAUGCCCACCCUGACAUGAUGGGCCUAUCAGAGGGCGGGAGCUGCAAUGGGGGAGGGGUGAUGGGUAGUAGCUUCCUGGGGGGGCUUGGAUUACCCCCUGGGGUCAUCGUCAUGGCCAUGGGGUCGGCAGGGGGCGGGAUCUCAGAUGCUGGCAGCGCCUUCCAGAUGACAGGCGGCCAGCGGGCACUAACGGACUGCCAGCAGCACGCCAACUCCUCCCCCUGCCCCUCAUCCUCAUCGCCAUCGUCGUCAGGGGUGACGGCAGGGGGCGUGGCCUUGUCGUCAUCGUCGUCGUCGGGGGCGGUGGCCAAGAGGAAGAGGAAGCGGUGCGGCGUGUGCGGGCCGUGCAGGCGCCUCAUCAACUGCGGCGUCUGCUCGUCCUGCCGCAACAGGAAGACGGGUCACCAGAUCUGCAAGUUCAGGAAGUGCGAAGAGCUGAAGAAGAAACCGGGGGGAGGAGGGGGGGCGCUGGAGCGGCCGCCCUCCGUCCCGACCGGCGAGGCGUUUCGUUGGUUCUUCUAGCCGUUCCUCCAGCCCGACGACAAAACAGGCUCGGAUUAAUCUAAAGAACAAGAACUACAACUCCUGGAAUUGAACCAGUUGCUUUGCAUAAGGAUUACAAUUCCGUACUGUGUGGAUGACAAUUUAAAGACUACAAAUCCCACCUCAGCUGGAACAGGACACCAGGAGGAGGACGGAGGGCGAGGAGGCAGCUUGGUCACAGGCAGGAACUGGCCAAUCAGAGCACAGUGUGAUGAUGUCACAAUGGCACGUUUUCUUGAACUUUGUUUGCAGGUAAAUUUGAAACACAGGUUGUCCAGACACGAACAAGAUACAGCUACUUGGCAACAAAUGCUACAGUUAGCAGGUUUCAGCUAUCAGUGGAUCAACUGGAGCUCAGAGGGAAGGAUUCAGAACGGGCCGAGCUAAACUGGGCAUCAAACGAGAGAUCACAAGCGAUUAGCCACAUUGUAACGUCCUCAAUCCAAACAUGAAGUUUACCUCAGCCUCAUGUAGCUUGUGUAGCCAUGGUAGAUCUAUCAACCAGAUUCACACGAUCGUUUGGUCACACUGAAGGUGAAAGGAUCCCCAAAUCAAUAAACAAGUUGUGUUUUUGUUUUAUUCAUGUUAUUGAACGUUAUCUAGUUGUAUCCAGUCAAACAUGUCGUCACUGUCUGAAGAACUGAGAAGAUCUGGCAGAUUAGUCCACUGACGUAUGAAGAAGCAGCUACACAACAACGCAAGACCUGAUCACCAUGUUGGUGUUGUUCCUGAAACAUCAUAAUUAUUGUGGCACCAGGACCAACACUGCACCUGACCAAUCAUUGUCUUAUAAUGUCCUUUUCCCUGAACCUUACCAAGUAUUCCUGUUGCCUAAACCCAACCAGUCAUACCUCUUCUUAAAACCAACCAACCACCCAACCAAUUAUUCCUGUUCCCUAAAUCUUCGUAACAGUUACAGAAAAAGGAGAAGAAACAGAAAACAAGUGAUGUGAAUGUGAAGUAGAAAUGAUCCUGGACUUUGAUGAUGAUGUACAAGGAACGACACCAACACAGUGACGUCAGAUCAGACCGCACAACAACAAGGACCUUCUUCUGAAUCCGUGAGUUCAUUUAUCGAACCACAGUGAAGAAAAGAACAGCUGGUUUGCACCUGGUUUAAAGUUGGUGAGAUAAAAUGCAACAACAGUGGACCAAUCAGAAAUGUUUCAUGCAGUCUUCAAAACUUGAGUUAGACAACUGUCCCUGUGGAAACGCAGCUUACACCUUGGAAGUACUGAACUCCAUUAUUAUGUCCACCAUGUUGCUGCGCUGCUACCAGAACUCCAACUCUGACUCAAACAAAGAACAUCAGCCGGUAACUUCUAAUCUUUCACAAGCUUUAGUUCUCCGAUAAAAAUAUCCAAUGAAUUGUCAGUUAUGUCAAUUAAUGUUUGUUAAUUAAUGUUAAGUUCAGAUUGAUUUGACUCUGCACUUAACAGAAGCAAAAAUAGGCUUCCUUAGACAAAAGGCCAGCGGUUAGAGUCAAACUUAGUGAAUAUAGUGAUCCUUUGUCUUUUCUCUGCUUGAGUCGCCCGAGGAGGCGAUGCUCUCAAGUUGUAAACACAAGAGUCUGUCCGGCUCAACCAUCCAUCCUGUCUGCCACAAACACUAAGCAUCUCUCAUUUUCCAACAACCUCCACCAUGUGAUCAAACUGUCUCCUCCUCCCUCUCCUUCCUCCACCUCCUCCUAGCAGACCACAAACCCCAUCGUAGCCAAACCAGGACGAUUCAGGCCUCAAGCGGACCACUGCUGUCACCACAGAGACAUCCACAGUUUGACCAAAACCGGACGACGAGUUGACCUCAAAGGAAAGACUUUACCACAGAGGGAGUACAAACUGACCUCAGCAGGAAGUGGUCCAGGACUGUUAUCAAGGACUACAACUUCACCACAGUAGGACUACAACUACCACAUCACUGUUAUCUGUCUCUUCUGUCUACCUCCUCCUCAAGAACUUUAAAGGCACCUUGAUUGAUUUUUACCGGGCUGUGUUCAUGCUGUAAUGACACAAUCUGCUUCUCAACUCUCUCGGGGGUCCAGCUGAUCUGGUGGAAUCUGGUGUUUUGGUGUUUGUGUCAUUAACUCCUCAGCCUAAAGGAGCAGUUAGACAUCUGAAUCUUUUUUAUUUUAUUUUAUGUCAUUGGAAAGUUCUCAGGGCGCAGUCAUACUUCCAGCUGGUUUUAUAUGAACUAAAGCAGGCUGGAAACACUCACUUUGUUGUAUUUUUGUAUUUGCGUAAAAGGUGGCAGUGGAAGGUUUGUAAUUUCUGUCCUCAUGAAGAACAAGUUUGUGAUUAAAAAGAUAGUUUCACUUUGAACAUUGGCUCUAAUUUGGCACGUCCACUCCCAAACAUUGAGAUUUUUAUAUCUAUGUGUUGUUCAAACCCUCACGAGGACCUCAAAGAGAGUUCAGAACCAGUUUCUCUGUUUUUGUAUGAAUGCAGAUUGUACCACGUGGCGACCCAUGGGCAACCGAACAGGAGAAUCCACCUGCACUUUAAACGCAGUGUGGGAACUCACGGGGACCCUUUGGAUCUUGUGCGAAGCUAUGAGCUGAGCCGAGGACUCAAAGGAACCAAUCAGAACUGAAAGAUCAGAUCAGAACACAUUCAUUUCCAACACGUCUGUGGGUCUAACAAUGAUAACACACCAACAUGUUCUCUGAAACUAAAAGAUAAAAGACGUUUAGUAAAAUUUGUUACCUGGAAAACACAAAAAUCUGUCCGGCAUAAAUGUGCAACUUGGUCAACAGGUCAGUGUGAAACAUCGAGUUGAUGAUUGUUGAGUAAUCUGGACAGACUCGUGGACGCUGCUCGUGGUUCCACCAGUCGCACCACGGUAUGUUUUCAGGACCGUCCAUUUGACACCAGAACCUGUCUGAUAUAUCUGUUCAGCUGAUACUGGCCUAUCACAGAUCAAUUAUUACCAGCAUUGAUUUUAAAACCCUUUUUUUAGAGCGAUUAUACUGCAGGAAUAGAUGCUCGGGGUGAUUUAUAUCAUUCCCAGCUAAGUUUACUGUUUUGAUGCACUGAUGUCAUUUUGAACGAUAAAGUUUAUUGAUAAAUAUCUUCUUCACAAUGUUUGGUAAACAUUUAAACGUAUGAUUGCAAGAAAUCUGUUUAUAUUGGCCAAUAAAUCAAUACGUCCUAAUAUCGACCCAGACUCCACCUUCCAACAUGUGUGAUGAAGAAUGAAAUUCGGAUACGGAGUUCAAUCAGCCGUCGUAGCACUGCGCUGGAAAACGGGGUAAAAUUGGAGCGUCCACUCAUUUUCAUAGCUGCAGAUCAGAUAAUCAAUCUUGAUUCAACCCCAAUCAAUCAAUCAAUCCCAACAAGACAAAGAGGGUGUUCAGCCCGGUGUGAAAAGGGUUGUGGUGACUUUGUGGAGCAGCGGUUUGUUGUGUAGAAGAAAUCUCUCACGUCUACAGGAUCCACCAUCAGCUCGAGAGACGGACGCCUCAACAAGCAUUGUUGUCGUAACGUUUGUGCUCACGGACGUGUUGGAAAAGUAUUUUACUUUAACGUCUUUUUCUUUUAUUUUUGGGUACCAUGAGGAAAACGCACCCCCGCCUCUUUGUGGGAACUAAAACCAAACGUCCUCUUUUUCCCCGGGUGGAGUUGGACUGAAGGGUGGAGAGGAAGGGGACGUUUGUUUUGUGUGUCUGUCCUCCUCCUCAUGUAUUCUGUCCGUGUGACCUCCUCAUGUGCAGAAUUGUAAUAAAGCAUUUCAAAGA